AUGGCGGAGCCCGCUGCGCGGCACCCGUCGCCGCCCUCGGGGCUGCUGGAGCUGUGCGCGCUGGUGGGCGCCCCUCGGGACAGCCUCCGCGGCCUGGAGCAGGCUGCUCAGAAACGAGGAGUGAAAAGGCUCUCCUCCCUCGACCCGGAGGUUCUGUCUGUCUUUGUGCCUCCUUUCGCCAGUAGAGAGGACAGCCAGGCCCCCAGCAUAAGUGGCACCGCUCUCAACAAAGUCAGGAGGCGCUCCUUCCGGAAGAAGCGAGAGAAGCCCAGGAUGGAGGCGUGGAAGAGCCCCCCGGGGGACCCCAGGGGGCCUGAUCCUGAGGACGUCAGCAUUCCAGGUGGUGUGGACCUCCUUGCCCUGCCUCAGCUGUGCUUCCCAGGGGGCAUGUGUGCGGCCUCGGAGCCAAGGGAGGACUCUGUGCAUUUCCUGGUGCUCACCGACAUCUGUGGGAACAGAACGUACGGCGUGGUUGCCCAGUACUGCCGACCUCUGCACGAUGAACACUGUUUCUACAAUGGAAAGACGCACUGGGAGCCCAGCGUGAGCGUGAGCACAGCCGGCUGCUUCGUGCCCUUCGCAGUGUGUGUGGUGUCGCGGUUCCCCUACUACAAUUCCCUUAAGGACUGCCUCUCCUGUUUAUUGACUCACCUGAAGCUCUGUAAAGAUUUUGAAGUUGACAAUUGCAUAAAAGACUUUGCCGCAAGACUGUCAUUAAUACCGAGCCCACCGCCUGGCCCGCUCCACUUGAUAUUUAACAUGAAGCCACUGCAGGUGGUGUUUCCCUCCCAAGCCGACCCGGAGAGCCCCGUCAUUGACUUAGACCUCCACCUGCCCCUGCUGUGCUUCCGGCCUGAGAAGGUGCUGCAGGUCCUGAGCUGCCUUCUGACGGAGCGACGCAUUGUCUUCUUCUCCUCGGACUGGGCGCUGCUGACACUCAUCGCCAGCUGCUUCAUGGUCUACCUCCACCCCCUGCAGUGGCAGCACACCUUCGUGCCCAUCCUGUCGGGACAGAUGCUGGACUUCAUCAUGGCGCCCACGUCUUUCCUUAUGGGUUGCCACAUUGACCACUUUGAAGAAGUCAGCCAGGAAGCCGACGGCCUGAUUCUGAUAGACAUUGACCACGGGAGUGUCACCUGCUCUAAGAGUUCAGACCACGACAGGGACAUUCCUGAUGUGCCCCUUCUGCCGGCACAGACGUUCAUUCAGAGGAUCCAGAGCCUCCAGCUAUACCCAGAGCUGCACCUUGCACACCUGAGCUCCAGCACAGACCUGAACGAGGGCCGUGCCCGCCACCGCGCCUGGCAGCAGACACUCAACUGUAAGAUCCAGCACAUAGCCCUGCAGCUGCUCGUUGAUGUCUUCAGGGAAGUGAAGAACCACUUAAACUAUGAGCACCGAGUAUUCAAUAGUGAGGAGUUUCUCAAGACGAGAGCAGCAGGGGACCAGCAGUUCUAUAAGCAGGUUUUGGAUACAUACAUGUUCCACUCCUUUCUGAAAGCCCGGCUCAGCGGCAGGCUGGACGCCUUUGCCCGCCUGGACCUGGACACCCAGUCUGAGCAGGACAGAAUCGACAGGAUGCUCAUGAGUCCAAGGAGACCAACGGUGGAGAAGAUGGCCUCCCGGAAGUUCACACCCCUGCACAUCACCCACAGGCGCCUGGUGGUCAGCAUGCCCAACCUGCAGGACAUCACGCUGCCCGACCUGCCACCCAAGAACUCAUCACUGCGGACAAUGGACACGUCGCCCUGCAGCAGCAGCAGCCCGGGUGCACACAUGAACAUGGACACACCUACGGGCACGCACAGCACACGCUCACCUCAGUUUUGGGAGGGAGUUCUGAACAUGGCUCCAAAGACCACAUAUACAUUCAAGAUCCCAGAGAUCCACUUCCCGCUGGUGAGCCAGUGUGUUCAGGCCUACUACACUGAUUUCAUCACCCUGCUGAGUAAGGCCAUGGGCCUGCUGGGCCCUGGCGACUCCCUGCUCCUGGCCAGGUAUUUCUACCUGCGCGGCAUCGUCCACCUGACACAGGGACAGCUUCUGAACGCCCUCUUAGAUUUCCAGAACCUGUAUAAGACCGACAUAGGGAUUUUCCCGGCUGAUCUCGUUAAGGGGACAGUGGAAUCCAUGUCGGCCUCUGAGCGAACCCAGGCCGAGCGGAUGCCCGAGCUGAGACGGCUCAUCACGGAGGUCAUGGACAAGCCAGGCGAGCCCCCCAAGGUGGAUGACCCUGUGAAGAACUUUGAGCUGCCCAAGAAGCAUAUGCAGCUGAGUGACUUUGUGAGGAGGGUCCAGGAAUCGGGGAUCGUGAAGGACGCCACCAUCAUCCACCGCCUGUUUGAUGCACUGACCGUGGGACAGCAAAAACAGAUAGACCCUGACACAUUCAGAGAUUUCUACACAUGCUGGAAGGAGACAGAAGCAGAGGCUCAGGAGGUCAGCCUGCCUGCGAUGGUGAUGGACCAUCUGGACAAGAAUGAGUGUGUUUAUAAGCUCUCCAGCUCUGUGAAGACAAAUCGCGGCGUUGGCAAGAUUGCCAUGACCCAGAAGCGCCUGUUCCUGCUCACUGAGGGCCGGCCGGGCUAUGUGGAGAUUGCCACAUUCAGGAACAUAGAGGAAGUCAAGAACACCACAGUAGCCUUUCUCCUCCUGCGGAUCCCCACCUUGAAGAUUAAGACAGUGGCAAAGAAAGACGUCUUCGAGGCAAACUUGAAGUCUGAGUGUGACCUCUGGCACCUGAUGGUGAAGGAGAUGUGGGCUGGGAAGAAGCUUGCGGAUGAUUACAAGGACCCACAGUAUAUUCAGCAAGCGCUGACCAACGUCUUGCUCAUGGACGCCGUGGUCGGCACGCUGCAGUCCCCAGGUGCCAUCUAUGCUGCCUCCAAGCUGUCCUACUUUGACAGGAUGAAGAGUGAAGUCCCCAUGGCAGUCCCAAAGACAACUUCAGAGACCCUGAAACACAAGAUAAACCCUUCUGCUGGAGAGACUGCCCCACAAGCUGUCGAUGUCUUGCUGUACACGCCAGGGCGCCUUGAUCCUGCAGAGAAAGUUGAAGAUGCCCACCCCAAGCUGUGGUGUGCCCUGAGUGAGGGCAAAGUGGUCGUGUUUGACGCUUCCUCGUGGGCCAUCCACCAGCACUGCUUUAGAGUGGGCACCUUGAAAGUGAACUGCAUGGUGGCGGUAGAGCAGAGCCAGGUGUGGGUGGGCUCCGAGGACUCCCUCAUCUACAUCAUCAACGUCCGCAGCAUGUCCUGCCACAAGCAGCUCACGGACCACCGGGCUGCGGUCACCGGCUUGGUAGUGAACUGUGGAAAGAAAUGCAGUGAGGUCUACUCGUGCAGUGUGGAUGGGACGGUCCUGGCGUGGAACGUGAGCACUCUGCGGGUGACCCACCGGUUCCAGCUGCAGCACGGGGACCUCACAGCCAUCCGCCUGCACGGCGAGCGUCUGUGGUGCUGUACAGACCAUGGUAUCAUGGUGGUGACGAUGCAGGACUUUGCUCAGGAGAUGAGGAUCAACAAGGAUGCAGAUGAGGGUCAUGCCUCCGUCCUGGACUUCCAGCUGCUCCCCGAGGAGGAGCAGCUGUGGGUAGCUUUCAAAGGGUGCAGCGAGCUCUGCACCUGGAGCCUGAAGGACCUGGCUCGGCCCCCUCAAAGGACCUGCCUGCAGGACUGCCUUGAGCUCAGCUGCAUGAUCCGUGUGAAGAGACAGAUCUGGGUGGGUGGCAAGGGACUGUCACAGGGGAAGCCCAGAGGGAAGAUCUACGUGAUCGAUGUGGAGAGGAAGACAGUGGAAAAGGAGCUGGUGGCCCACAUGGAUGCCGUGAGGACCCUGUGCUCCGCGGAGGACCGCUACGUGCUGAGUGGGGCAGGCAAGGAGGAAGGCAAGAUCGCCAUCUGGAAAGUGGAGUGACCGCCACCGAGCGCCUGAGCUGAGAAGACCAGGGUCGGUGCUCAGGAGCCAGGCGGCCCCACACGCUCGCUUGCGCUCCCGCGCUCUCUGCCCCGAGGGUCUUCAUGUCCAGCUGCUCCUUGGGUGAGCAGGCCUGCCUCACUGCUGAUAAACCUCAGCUGCAGUUAUGGCAUAUGUUGUCUAGAAAGUUCCAGACUCCACGGGCAGGAGCCAGCACUGUAGUCACCCGUUUCUUUGAAUCCCAUGACCUGCAGCUCUGUGGCUUUCCUUUCCUCCACUUACUCAUGCAUUUGUUCAUUCCACUGACACUCAGACUCCACAGCGUGGAGAUGGCUGGCAUGUGAUUGGGAGCCACAGAGCCUUGCCACGUUCCACCAAGUUCUGUUUCCAGGGAGGCUUCUGCGUGUUUGAGAUAACUGGUCUGGUGGAACCGGCUUGUGCUACCUACCUUUCCCCAUCAGGACAGGUGACUGAAGCUUGCCCAAGGGGAGGGGACAGCACUGGUGGGUGGGUUUGUCCAGACAGGGCUGGCCAAGGCAGGCUCUGUCUUUGUAUUAAGGUUUUAAUGAAAAACAAAACAAAAAACCCAGUGAGGCUUUCUCUAGGAAAGACUGCAGCUAGGAAGCUCCAUCCAGACGCACAUGUACGCCCUUGUCCAGCGCAGCUCUCACCAGGAGCACGUUCCCACCGUGCCUGCACCUUGUGUGCCCUGUGUAUAUGUAUGUAGGUGACCCUUGCUAUUUUUUUAUUUAUUUAUUUGAGAGAAACAGAUAGAGAAAGAGGCAGAUAGAGAGAGAGAGAGAAAGAGAGAGAGAA